CUCUUCUCCAGGGCGCAGUUAAAGAGCGCGCUCCCGAGCGCAAUGCCUCCCACCUCGGGAACUUAACGGGAUCGCGUCCGAUGGGAAGAAGACGUUAACGCCUGAAAAGCGCUCGAAAGCAGUGCGCGCUCGCGUGUGUAUCGUAGCGUGCGUGUGUUUGUGUGUGGUGUGUGUGGACGCCGCGUUGUGUUGUUGGAAAACGCGCGGACGCUAUGGCCGCCGGGCGCAGCUCGGUGAGCGGGUUCAUGCAGCAGCCCGAGGCGCCGAGCUCCAGCGACUCCCCGCCGCCACACGGCUCCGAGGACGAGGAGCAGCACGGCGGAGCAGCGGCACCACACGACCCCGAGUGGACCGAGGAGAGGUUCCGGGUCGACCGCAAGAAGCUCGAGCUCAUGCUCUUAGCUGCCGCCGAGGGGAGGGUGAACGGAGGCGAGGAUUUCUUUCAGAAGGUCAUGGAGGAGACCAACACUCAGAUCGCAUGGCCUUCAAAGCUGAAAAUAGGCGCCAAGUCUAAGAAAGAUCCACAUAUCAAAGUAAGUGGGAAUAGGGACGAUGUGAAAGAAGCUAAGGAGAAGAUCAUGUCUGUCCUCGAUACUAAGAGCAAUCGCGUGACUCUGAAAAUGGACGUUUCACACACCGAGCACUCGCAUGUCAUUGGCAAAGGAGGCAACAACAUCAAGAAGGUGAUGGAGGAUACGGGCUGCCACAUUCAUUUCCCUGACUCUAAUCGCAACAACCAGGCGGAGAAGAGCAACCAGGUGUCUAUUGCAGGCCAGCCAGGAGGAGUCGAGGCAGCGAGGACCAGAAUCAGGGAGCUGCUGCCUCUGGUGUUAAUGUUCGAGCUGCCUGUCAUAGUACAGCUGAACCCUGACCCCAGCUCUCCAGCCAUCCAGCACAUCUCUCAGACUUACAAUAUCUCUGUGGCCUUCAAGCAGCGUUCCAGGCUCUACGGUGCUACUGGGGUUGUGCGAGGCUCCCAGAACAACAUUGCAGCUGUGAAGAGGGGCACGGCCAUGCUGCUGGAGCACUUAGCCGGUAGCCUGGCGAGCGCCAUUACUGUGAGCACACAGCUGGACAUCGCGCCCCAGCACCACCUGGCCAUGAUGGGACGCAACGGCAGCAACAUCAAGCACAUCAUGCAGAGAACCGGCGCGCAAGUGCACUUCCCUGAUCCCAACUGCCCUCAGAAAAAAUCCACCAUCUAUAUCCAGGGCACCAUCGACUCUGUAUGCCUGGCACGCCAGUACCUCAUGGGCUGCCUGCCGCUGGUCCUGAUGUUUGAUAUCAAAGAGGACAUUGCAGUUGAUCCACAGUGCGUAACAUCUCUCAUGGAACAGCUGGAUGUGUUCAUCAGUGUUAAACCCAAACCCAAACAGCCUAGCAAGUCAGUGAUAGUGAAAAGUGUGGAAAGGAACGCUCUGAACAUGUACGAAGCUCGGCGCUAUCUGCUUGGUCUGGACAGCAGUGGAGUGUGUGUGUCCAUCUCCACCACCACCACCUCUUCCAGCAGUAGCAGCAGCAGCAGCAGCCCUCCAUCUGCCCUGACCCCGACUCUUAGCUGCCCCAUGGGCAUCGACAUCCUCACCUCUGCCAGCUUGGGGCUCACCAGCCUGGGUCUGCUCAGUCCUACAGCUGCAUCCCUAAGUGCUCCGUCCACCCCGAACUCUCUCCUUAAUGCCCUCAACAGCUCCAUCAGCCCCCUGCAUGUUUCUUCCUCUGGAACACCGAGUCCUACACUUUGGUCUAACUCACUGGCCAGUCCAACCAGCACACCAGGUUUUUCAUCACCCAUGAUGAUCCAUCCAGCCACUCAGGCCACACUGACCAACAUCCUGCUUCAGCGUUACACGAAGAAUACACCGUCUCCUCCACCCGGUCUUGCCCCAAUAGACCCACAGGUCAACGGAGUCACAGACUGCAGCAAGGCCGUGUCCUCCCUCAACGGCAAGCACUCCGGCUCUAUGUACAGCAGAAUGUCCACUUCAUCACAAGUUCUGAAUGCGGCACAUGGAGAUCCUGUCCAGGACGCCAACACACACUGUCCAUCUGAACCACUGUCCAGCAAAUCCAGUCAGGAUCAAGGAUGUGAUACUUUCGUGGAGGUGGGCAUGCCGAGGAGCCCCUCACACUCAGGCAACAGCAGUGAACUAAAGCAGAUGCUGGCUUCCUGUAAAACAGCCUCAGGCAAGAGGCAGGCUGUGGAGUUACUUCAGGGCACAAAGAACUCUCAUUUACAUUCAGACUGUUUGCUUUCCGACUCGGAUUCCAGCGCUUCUGAGAGUCCUGUGGCAGAUAAACGUGCUCCGGGCAGCGAGAGAGCAGCCGAACGAGCCGCCCAGCAGAACUCGGAGCGCAUUCGUCUCCCGCCGCAGUCGACUUUCUCCAACAUGCAGGCCUUUGAUUAUGAGCAGAAGAAGUUGCUGGCAACCAAAGCUAUGCUAAAGAAGCCGGUAGUGACGGAGGUGCGAACGCCAACGAACACAUGGAGCGGCCUGGGUUUCUCCAAGUCCAUGCCUGCGGAGACCAUUAAGGAGCUGCGCAGGGCCAACCAUGUGUCCUACAAGCCAACCAUGUCCACCACUUAUGAGGGAUCUCCGUUAUCGUUGUCACGCUCCAACAGCAGAGAAGGAUUGGGAAGCGGCAGUGACUCGGACAACUGGAGGGAGAGAAAUGGGAGCGGGCUCCCGAAACACAAUGACUUCCCAACACCUAUCAGUCCCAAGAGGAAGCAGAACAAGUCAGUGGAACACUAUUUGAGCAGCAGCAACUACAUGGACUGCAUCUCUUCAGUGACCGGUAGUAACGGCUGUAACCUCAGCACCUCUAUGAAAGGCUCCGAUCUGCCAGAGCUCUUCAGCAAGCUGGGCCUUGGAAAGUACACUGACGUCUUCCAGCAGCAGGAGAUUGACCUGCAGACGUUCCUCACUCUAACUGAUCAGGACCUGAAGGAGCUGGGCAUCACCACAUUUGGAGCACGCCGGAAAAUGCUCCUGGCCAUCUCAGACCUGAACAAGAACCGAAGGAAACUCUUUGAGCCGCCAAACAUCCGCUCCUCGUUCCUGGAGGGAGGUGCCAGCGGGCGUCUCCCUCGCCAGUACCAUGCUGACAUCGCCAGUGUGAGUGGGCGCUGGUGAGCCCUGGUUUCUUCUGCCCAUGUGUUACUGAUGCACAGACAGCCUUAACUGCACAAAGCCAUGCCUGAUGCCUUAAUAAACAAUACUGGACCAAACCCUAGGAAUCAGUGCCAAAAAAAACCCCACAAAGAAUGUCUUUGGAAAGGAGGUUGAGUUUGGAGGACUCGUGUAAAUGUUGAUUAUUCUGUACAAUAUGGUACUCUAUGGUACUCUAUGCAGUAUGGUACUCGUGUGGAAUUGAAGGGAAUGCUGAAGGGUUAAAAAAGCUCCCGCACUGUCAUUGUAUAAGGAGCUAUCUGUGUACUUAGUUCAUAUUUUUUAUUUAUAUCUUUGUGUUAGAUUUGUGUCAUACUAAUUCUUUGCACUUUAAGAGUACUAAAUACUUUGGGCCGAUUCCUCUCUUGUCUGCCCUACAAGAUGUGCAUGGAGCGUAUAUAGCACUUAUAAGGUUUCAAUUAAGGUUUUAUUUUUCAGCUUUUUAAUUAUGACGCAUUGGAACUCUGAUUGUUUACUUACCGGUUUCAUUCACAAGAUAUAAGAGAAGUUCAAAGAGAGUUUUUUUUUUUCGAUUCUAUGCUUAACUUACACAAGAACAAACCUGACUGCAAUCAGAGAUCAUCACCAACAAACCAACACAGAAUUGUGCGAGAAAAUUCUCUUAUACGCAGUGAGACUCUGUUUAAGUGCUUAUUAUAAUCAAACAGAGAUAUUGCCACAGCACUGACUUAUCAUGGAGAGGAUUUUGGUUUGUUCUGGCUUAUGAUGUCAUGUUAUAGCAAUAGCAAUGCAUUUAGCAUAAAUUUAGCAACCAAACAGAAUAAAUGACAAAUGUAGUUUAUUAUUGGUUUAAAAUACGUAUUUAUUUCAAUUUUAAAAAAAAUGUAACCAAUUAAAAUCACCUGAAAAUAAUGCAGACGGAUAUAAACAGGAAUAAGAAUAGGAAGCAGAAGGGAUCGGUCAGACAUACCGAGUUCUGUGGUUUAGCCAAAGGCAUUUAAGACUUUUAACCCUUUUAUCACUAUUUUUGAGUUGCCUGAAAAUUUCAGGAUAAAGUUUUUUGAGUGGAAAUCGAAAUUCACUGAAGGACUUGCAUCGACUCACGGUAGAGCUUACUUUCAUUUCACAUUGACUUUAUCUGGGUGAAAUUUGAUCUGUGAAUCCUCAGAAGGUCACCCAGGAUUAAUCACACAAGGCUCAGCACCAACACUCCCAAAAUAAUUUUCUGUUGAAAAUAUCCGACUCGUCCGGCUAAAACGUUAGACUUUUUUUUGUUUGUUUGUUUGAUUUCUCUCUAACUUCUCAGAUUUUUCAUGUUGCCAGCUCUGCGUCCCUCACGCAUCUCUACCAAAGCCUGAAACACACUCUCAUACACUCAGUGUGAAAAUGUGCUCGACUCCUGAGCAUUACUAAUGCGACACUUAGUUUGUGAGGUCCAGCUGUUUUAACUACCUCUUUUUCUGCCUUUCACCACUUUUGUUCUUUGACACUUUUUAAAGUAAGAAAAAUAAGAGUGCAGUUAAUGCAAACUGUAGGUUUCUUAUGUGACAUCGCAGCAGCAAGGGUACGAGACUCGUAGUCUGGUCACCGUAUUGCAUGUAAAGCUGUGAAUGUUGCCAGUCAUCCUUAAUGUCGAAUCCCAUCAAAAGUGCCUUUUUUUUUUUAAAAGCUUUUCAAAAACAUCUGUAGUAUCUCAUCAGAAUUUUGACAUGGAUGUAGCUAAACCACUCAUGGAAUAAUCUCGCUGAAGAGCAUCGCUUAAUCUUUACAUGUAUAGUAUUAUUGUAUUUGCAUUUAAUUGUUCCAUAUGUUGUGCAUGACCUUCCAUGUGAUUAGAAAUACUGUUGAAAUACAUAUUGUGCAUAUUGCAGUUUUAUAGUCUUUUAUACUUUUGCCUAAGAGUUUGUCGUGGUCUUUCCAGACAGCCACAGAUGAUCAAAUAGUAGUUGGGUAAUGUAGCGUUUUAGGGUUUUUGUACCAAAUAUGGUACGUACGAGCGGAAGAAAAAACUUCCUGUCAGUAUUAACUGCAAAAUGGAAUCGACAGACUAUGCAAAGAAAUUGCUUUGCCAUAUAACGAUAUAAAAUGUUUUCUACUUAAAGCACCGCAGUCUUGUUCCAAUCAAGUUCGCAGGCUGCCUGAUUUCAUAAUAUUGCUGCCUUGAUAUACCUGAUUAGUGCUUUUAUAUGCGUUAAAUACUAUUUUUUUAAGUGUGUGAUUUGUGAGCGACCAAACUCGUAGAAUUAUCUUUCUUUCACUCUCUAACAAGAGAAAAAAUAAGGGAACAGAAACAAUUCCGUCGUGAUAGUUUGACAUGGCCUUGUGACCAGGGCCAGCACUUUUUUUUUUUUUUUUUUUGUCUUUUUUGAGUCACAACCAAAUGAGCAAAUGCUCUGUGAUAAUCGUGUACAGUGACGUACAGGUUAACAGUAUCGGAGCGUUCGUAUUGCUGAUAAGUGAAUAAAUAAAAGCACUAAUCUUUAUUGCUCUGCCAAAUCAAUUCAUUAGUUUUAUAAUCUCUUUCAUACAUGUCCUGUUAGUUUAGCUAAGAUUGACUUGGCCAGUGCCUUGUAAAUGACUUGUUUGUAAUCUGUGAUUUUUGACAGAUAAACUCCUUGGUACUGUUCUGAUAUACAGUAAAGUUAUAUUAAUGCCAUGAAUGUGUGGUACGUUUGAAUGUCCUUUACAUGCCUUGUUACAAAAGAAUAAAAUGUACGUAAACUUUCA